GGGGACCUUGACCUCAACUUGCAGCCGUUAAUCUGUAACUUCUUAGUUGUAUCCUCUACUUGGCAUCCAACCUUUAAACAACCCUUGACAAUCACAACCUGGGAAACACGAGGCUGCAACUGUCCAAGUAAUAAAUUCGUUCAGCACGGAGGCGCUGGUUCGCCAAGGCCGAUCAGUGAGAUAAUUAACGUUAGAUAACUAACUGCUCGGGACACUUCGUUCGCAAACGAGAGCACCAUGAACAUCAUCUCCGUUGCAGAAUCCCCGUCUCUCGAUUCAGUGGAGUACGACCCGAUCGCACACCUGAACCUCCUCUUCUCGCACCCCUCGACGGUCUCGUCGGUAUCCCGCGUCUCGUCGGCCAUCCGGCGCCACAAGGAUGACUUGUCCCGCUCGAUCGCGUCCCUCGAGGCCGCCCAGGCCUACGGGCCCGACUCGUCGCUCGAGCGCAUGCAGUCGGCCCAGGCCGAGCUGGCCUCGCUCUUCCAGCGCAUCGAGAGCGUGCGCAGCCGCGCCCUGCAGACGGAGCGGGACAUCACCACCAUGACGGCCGACAUCAAGCGCCUCGACGGCACCAAGCGCAACCUGACCCUCAGCAUGACCGCCCUGAAGCGGCUCCAGAUGCUGACCACGGCCUACGAACAGCUCCGCGGCCUCGCCCGGACCCGCCAGUAUCGCGAGUGCGCCGGCCUCCUGCAGGCGGUGCUGCAGCUGAUGCGCCACUUCAAUAGCUAUCGCAGCAUCGAGCAGAUCGCCGUCCUGAGCCGCAACGUCAGCGAGCUGCAGCGCGAGCUGCUCGAGCAGGUCUGCGAGGACUUUGAGCUGGCCUUUGCAAAGGGAGAGGUGGCCGCCCGCCGCGCCGUCCUGGUCGAGGCUUGCCUCGUCAUGGACGCUCUGGGGGAGCACGCCAAGACGAGGUUGGUGACGUGGUACGUCAACACGGAGCUGCGAGAGUACCGCCAAGUCUUCCGGGGCAACGACGAGGCCGGCAGCCUCGACAACAUCGGUCGCCGCUACGCCUGGUUCAGGCGGAUGCUCAAGACGCACGAGGAGGAGCACGCCUCCAUCUUUCCACCCCACUGGCGGGUCGGCGAGACGCUGGCCAUGGCCUUUUGCGACGGCACGCGGGAGGACUUCAAGGGCAUCCUGGAGAAGAGCAUGCGCCGCAUCGACGGGGCCAAGCUCGACGUGAACCUGCUGCUCAGCUGCCUGCAGGAGACCAUGGACUUUGAGCAGAGCCUGGAACGGCGGUUCGCGAGCGAGCCCCGGCUAAGCAUCGACACCCUGAGCUCGGCGGACGACCGGGUCCAGAACUUCAACGGCUCCAUAUCCGUCGCCUUCGAGCCGUACCUGAGCCUGUGGGUGGAGCUGCAGGACAAGGCGUUGGCGGCCAUGAUUCCAAAGUACAAGACACAACCGCUCAUUCCGGCCGACGAGGAGUUCUCUCCACAGGCCGUCAUCCCCUCGGCAAUCGAACUCUUCCACUUUUAUAAACUCACCCUCUCGCAGUGCGCCAAGCUGUCCACCGGGGAGCGGCUCCUCGAGCUCAGCAAGACGUUCGCAAAGUACCUCGACGAGUAUGCCCAGCAGGUCCUCGUUGCCUUCCUGCAGCGCGGCGGGCCGCAGGGACCACCGGUCCAAGAGGUCAUCCUGGUCCUGAACUCGGCCGACUUUUGGUACACCAACACCGGCCAGCUGGAGGAGAGCAUAAAGAAGAGGAUCGAUCCGGACAUGGCUUCCAACGUGGACCUCUCGUCGCAGUCCGACGCUUUCAUGGGGGUCGCCAGCGCCGCCGUCAUGACCCUGGUGGCCAAGGUCGAGCUCGACUGCGAGGGUGCUUGGCGGGAAAUGAGGAACACGAACUGGAGUCGCAUGGAGAGCGUCAGCGACCACAGCUCAUACGUCGGCGAGCUGCUCAAGCGCCUAAACGGGAAGGCCCGAGAGAUCCUCCCGCUAGUCAUCAAGCAGCAGUACGCCCGCGCCUUUUGCGACAACCUGGUCGAGCACCUCGCCACAGCCUACAUUAACAACGUCGUCCAAUGCCGCCCCGUCGGCGAGGUCGGCGCGGAGCAGAUGCUCCUUGACAAAUACGUCCUGACCAAAUCGCUCGAGAACCUGCUCUCCUACCACAACACUUCUGCCUCCACCACCACUACCACCACCACCACCACCGCUACCACUUCCUCCUCCACCUCGUCCCCCGCUGGCCCGGGAUCCGCCCCGCCGUCGCAGCACCCACCUCCGGCCGCCUUCCUCAAGCGGGUCAACCAAGCGAUGGGGCGCAUCGACCCGCUACUCAAGACGCUCCAGGUCCGCCCGUCGCCGCCAGAGGGGCUCGUACAGGCCUACCUGAUCCACAUCGGCGACCGCUCCGACACCAACUUCCGCAAGAUCCUGGAGCUCAAGGGCGUGCGCAAGCAGGACCAAGCCCACCUGAUGGAGCUGUUUGCCAUCCACCGCGACGCCGCCUCGAGCGCCGCCGGCGGACAGCAGCAGCAGCAGCUGGUGCAGAGCUCGCCGCUGCUGACGCCCCUCAUGGCCGGGCCGGGCUCGUCGUCGACCUCGUCCUCGUCGAUGGGGCUAGGCGGAGGCGGAGGCGGCGGCGGUGGUGGUGGCGGCAUGUCCGGUCUUGCGGUCGGGGGCGGUGGCGGGUCGACCACGUCGGGGGGUGCGACGGGCCUGCAGGGCCGGUUCGACGCCGCGUCGCUCGGCGAGAAGCUGCUAAACGCGGCCCGGGACGGUGUCGAGCGGAUGGGAACCACGGCGGGCGCGAGCGGGCCGGGGGCUGGCGGCGGGGCCGGCACCGGCGCGCAAGAGAAGGCGACCAUCAACGAGAACCUCAAGAAUAUCGGCAAGUUCUUCCGCAGGGAUAUUGGCGGGUUCGGCGCGCGGUUUGGAAAGAGGGACAUCACGCCGACCGGAGGGUCAGAGUCUUAGUAGAGAUAUAUAUGCGCUAGUAUACAGUGGUUUUACCGUUGCGAAACAAGCAAUCCUUCUGUGAAGCGGUCCUGGUUCCUGGGUUUAGGGAGGCUCGUAAAUAUGUAGCUACGAAGUGGACGGAGUGAUUAAUCCGUUUUCUUCGAAGCAUUUGUUUCAUGUGUUAACUACUACUCUCUGUACGAAGGACUUGACUCUGAAUCAAAGGAGGAAGCACUGGCAACGCAGGCAAUUGAUACCCGAAUAAAUCUGAGGUAGUUGCCGACGACAGCUUCUACAUAGAUCGCAAACCCAAUGAACG